GAAAUCCCGAUCAAAUUUAUAGAUAGAUGUCAGAUAUUUUAAUAGACUUAUACAACCAAAUAUGUUCGCUUAUGAGAAAAAAGAAACUGCGUUUUACCGUUAAAAAACUUGUUUACCUUAACAGUUUAGGUCAAAGUUAAACGUUAGUAAUUAAUACAGUCAAUAACAAUUUUCAAAGGAGCCGUAUUGACCGAGCUAUUUAAAGAAAUUGGAUAUUAAAGUGAAGUUGAGUGUAUUUGACUUGGUGUACAGUUCACAGUCGGAUGAUAAUGAAAUGAAAUAACUUCGCUGGACUCAGGGUAUCUGCCAUACAGGACGACAACAAUUCGACCGAAAUCAUCGCCGGUCCGAACAAGUGCAAGAAUGUUUUCGCCUAUUAGGCGACAACGACGUCCGCUUGGCUACUUUCAGCCAGAGAGUCGACUAGAGCUACAGAUGGAAAAAGCAACAUUUCGGAUGCAUUCAGAAAUAUUGAGAAAUAUGUGUGACAAACAAAUGAAGCAACGACAAAUGCAGCAAAUGAUAGAAAGUGGGAAUUUACCCCUUCCUUCACAAUUAUCUCAACUGAAUAUAUCAAAUCAUACUGCUGGUUCGAAAAUGCAAAAUGGUAACGCGCAAUUGCCGCCGGAAAUCCGAUGGCUAUUAACACGAAGUGCAAGAAUGCAAAGGGCAAACAAUGCAGGGUUUUCUAAAUUUAGAAAUCCGGUGAAGGUUAGAGUAGUUUCAGCAGGUGGACGCAGGGGCCAAACGUUGAUGUCCCUGGAGCGUCAACGUUCCAUGUGUAAUCGCUAUGAAGGUUUUGAUGUGUCCGAGAAACAAAAACUUCAAUGUGAUGUGCUUGGACCUGACAGCUGUACAGAUUGUACAAAAAUGAAAAGUAAACAAAUUGUAAUUAAGAAACAAAGAAAAGACUUUCCGCGUCUUGAAUGCCAUACGAGAUCUCUCGUUGCUCCGGACAAAGUGGAAAAAUUAUAUUUGUCACAUCCAAAGGAACUAUUUCAUCAAAAUACAAAAUACGCAUGCGGUUGUGCGGUUGAUCCAAAAUUUGAAAUCACUACGCCUAUAGUUUAUACGCCUCAUGAAGUGUUCGAACGGAUUCGGAGGAGGAAGAAUAUCGAACGUGGACAGGAACUGAUACGCCAAGAACACGAGAUAAUGCGUCAGCACAACAAUACACCGACCAGAAUUCCUCUGUAUGAAGAAAAAACUGAACCGCCCCUAGAUAUGAAAGUAUCUGUGACAUUUAGGAAUGAUGGCAUGGAAUGAAAAAUAUUUUACUUGUGGCAUAAUGCAUAGUUUAGAAAGCGUAUGAAUGGAUAGAUUCUCUCAUUUAUGCGUUGUUUAGAAAGAAACAGGGGAUAUUUGUCUGUUUAAGAUAGCAGUGCCUUUCACCGAGUGAACACAAGAUUCUACAUUAUGUGACAUAUAGUGAUCAUGAGAGAAAGAUAUUUCCAUCUUAUAUGUAAAACAAACACAUGUUCUUUUUUUUCAUAUUUCUUGUUUUAAUCAAAUUGUUCUCCCUUUAUCCGCGCAACGUCACGUACAUUGCGUCAUGACGUCGCAUUGUCAUGACGUCACAAUAUCUAUGUUGAAAGAACUUUUAAAUAGGUCUUAUUUGUCACAUUUUGAUACGGGGGAGCGUAUAUCUUUAUUUUCGUGUAGAUAUUUAUAUACAUCUGUAUCUUUAUGCGAUUAUAUUUUGUAAAGAAUUUCCGAAUAUUUAUCAUUCAUGUUAUUUCGCAAAAUUCUGUGACGAAUGAAAUUAACACGUUCACUGCAUUAAAACGGCGCAAACGCCAGUUUUGUUUCACUGAUAUAUUGGAGUGUUUUCAUUGAAAAUCAUACCAUUGCUGUUAUCUACGCGUAAUUUAAAAGACGGCCUAUAGGUGACACACUUUAGAAAGGCAUCACUUAAUUAUGCGUAGUUAAGAAAUGCGCUGUAUACUUUUAAACCUGCAACGCAACAUUAUACAAUUAUCGACUUUUUCAUAGGUUGAUAUCAGGAUUUAUCAGCCUGAAAAGAGUUAUAUUCACCGAGCCGAAGGCGAGGUGAAUAUAACUUUUUGAGGGUUGAUACAUCUUGAUAUCAACCCUAUAAAAAAGUCAAUAAUUGUUUUAUUACAUGAAUAAAUGUAAAGUCAGUCUUGUUAUUACAAUUGUAACUUUAAUAAAGAAAUAAUGAAUAAAUUUAGACCAAAUCAGGUUGAUAUUGGUUUUGCAAGCACCUACUUCGAUCUAUUUUUAUUUUCGUACUAUUUAUAACCCAAGAUAAAUUGAUAUGAUAUGUACUCAUUACUUUUCGAACCGUUUUAAGCCAAUCAGAGAAACAAUUGAAUACAGUCAUGUAAUAAUUAGAUUUUAGCAUUACAUAAUAUACACUUGUUAAGGUAGUUCUGCACGUUUUGAUCAAUUUUUUCUACAAUGUAGAAUUUGAUUAUACCUUGAUUUUUCAAAACUUCAAAAUAUACUUAGAAAAUUCGAAAAAAAGAUCGAUUUUUUGCUAGACUGAUUUGAAAAAUUUGGAUCUCACACAAGUUUUCAUAAUGGGAGUCUAUGGGGAAAUCACAAUUUUGAUAUCAUUUUGGUGAAUAUUUUUUUUUUCUACAAUGUAGAUUUUAAUGAAACUUUUCACAGUCGUAAACAAACAUAUGGCCUAUAAUAUGGUGUAAUAAAAUGACUGUAUAGGCUCGUGUGCUUGUUUUCAAGCUGAUUCUAAGACAUUUUUUUGCAGUUGUUUAACAUGUUAGAUAAUAUCAUAUUAUAACUUUAAAAAGAUAGUAACGUUGCCGUUGUAACAUAUUUACUUACCGGUUGCCAUUAAUUCAUAAAAUGAUUUUCAUUUCCGUACGCCGAAUCCAUGCUUUAUUCUACGCCAUCACUUCCGGUUUAUCAAACGUGCAGACAUACCUUAAAUUCAAGUACAUUCAGAUCAGUAUGUUGUAUGUAUAUCAACAUGCCGAAAUUGCAUCAAAAUGUGAACGUUUUUUGAUACCUUGACCCAUUUAAAAUAAAGUCACAAAAUACGCAUAAAUAAAACAAAUAGCGAUGUUCUUAAAGUCACCCGCUUACAUGUUUUAUGUUAAAUUGAGGCUACUUAAAACUGUUUUCUAAAAAAUGACAGUUUAGAUAACAAUUUUGUCAUGAAUCCCGUCAAGGUCAAGUCUAUUGAAAUGGGGGUUACACAUUUCGUUACUCGUCAGAAAAAAACAACGUUUAAAGGUAUUUUUGACCCAAGUAUCACAUUUGAAAACAUGAACAAAUAUAUGUGUUUUAACAAUAAAAUGAUACACGCUGUAUGCAUUUAUGACUGAACAUAGUACAAAUGUGUACUACCACUAAAAAUGGAAGCUUAUAAACAAACGACUGCUAGCUACUACAUGAGAUUUAAUUAUUAAUGUAGCUCUACAUACAGAAUUAUUUUAUCUGUUUAUUGCAUUUAAAUAUAUUUGAUGAGACAAUACUACAGUUAAAGUUAAUAUCUAAAUAUAAAAUAUUUUAGUGAAAGACGGCCAUUUGCGGGUGUUUUUGCAAGCG